UAUUCAUAGUACCAUAAGUAUACUUAGAGUACCUGUGUUUAGAUAACGUUAUCAGUGUCACGGAACAUAUAUAACCGGGGCUGCAAGUUGCAAAUAACGUUUAUUAGUUUUGUGCAAUCAUAGGUAUUUCUAAAUUGUCCAAUUGAGAAUGAAUAUCGCGUUUGUUUAUAGUUUUUGAAAUUUACAGUAGCAAAGUUGAAGUGUAGGUGCAAAAUGGUAAUCGAAGAUUUGGAAGAAAAGGUGACCAGAGUGUUUGCUAGACUCGUGCCUAAAACAAGUAAAGGUAACGACUUCUUGCAGAUCUGGUCGAUAUUCAUAGUGUCUCUUGGAGGAUUUUCGGUAGGGGCCCACUUUGCUUGGGCGUCUCCCUCAAUUCCCCAACUGAUCCUCAACUCCUCGUACAUCGGCCGUGUAACUAUUGAAGAGGCGUCUUACAUCUCCUUAAUAUCCCCUUCUACGAUGCUGGCAGCUUCCUUUCUGGUUGGGAAUGCGAUGAAGUACAUAGGAAGGAAAUACAUAAUUGGAUUCAUGGCAAUUCCACAUAUAGUAAGCUGGAUACUAAUCUCCAAGGCUAAUAAUAUCGCCGGAAUUUACGUCGCGCGCGCCCUUAGCGGAAUUCCGGAGGCCAUAACCUAUUGCACCGUAACAGUUUAUAUUGGCGAAAUAGCGACACCCUCAGUAAGGGGGCGAUGGGGAAAUAUGUUAACGUGCGCAAUAUAUUUAGGUCAGCUCUCCAUUGGCAGCGUAGGUGCUUAUGUUGACAUUCCAAAAACCGCAUACAUUUUUCUAUUUGCGCCACUCUUACAAAUAUUGUUAGUCAUAUUUCUACCGGAAUCGCCAUACUUCUUGUUAGCGAAAGGAAAACACGAUGAUGCGAAAAGUACAUUGGAGGCAGCUCAGGUGGAAAACUGAUGUAGACCGUGAGUUUAUGACGUUAACUGCGGAUGUAGAAAGGCAAAUUUCCGAAUCUGGCAGCUUCAAAGACUUAUUCUGCAUUGGCACCAAUCGGAGGGCACUCUUGGUGCUGGUUGGACUGCGCACU